AUGGCCCAGAAGCACCCCGGAGAAAGAGGGUUGUGUGGAGCCCACCACAGUGGUGUUGCCUCCUUCAGGACUUGAGGAUCCUCUGUGGACCCUGAAAUACUUUCAUUCUCAGGACUCAGGGACUCAGCGGGGCCUGCUCCCAGUGGUACCCGCUGCCUCACAGAGCACUCUAGUCCCAAGUACACACAGCCCCCAAACCCAGCCCACUGGUCGGAUCCAAGCCAUGGCCCCCCAAGGGGUCCUGGACCCCCUAGGGAUGGAGAGGACCCCGAUCAGAGUGAGGCAUCUUCAGAAGAAGAGUCAGGAGUGGACCAGGAACUCUCAAGAGAGAAUGAGGCCGGGUACCAGGAGGAUGGGAACCCUUCUUUUCUUUCCAUUCCGUCUGCUUGCAACUGCCAGGGAACCCCUGGAAUCCCUGAAGGGCCUUACUCUGAGGGAGGAGAUAGCUCUCCUAGCAACUUUUGCCAUCAUUGUACCUCUCCAGUUUUGGGGGAAGAUGAAGAGUUGGAAGAGGAAUAUGAUGAUGAGGAACCUCUCAAGUUCCCCAGUGAUUUUUCACGUGUGCCCAGUGGGAAGAAACCUCCACCCCGGAGACAGCGGCACCGCAUUCUGGCCAAGGAGGAUACUCGGGACGGUGGACGCAGAGAUCCCAGGUCCCCUGGCCGACAUCGGCUGGGCCGGAAACGAAGUCAGGCAGAUAAGCGCAGAGGCCUCGGAUUAUGGGGAGCAGAGGAACUAUGUCAGCUUGGACAGGCAGGCUUCUGGUGGCUGAUUGAACUGCUGGUAUUGGUGGGAGAGUACGUGGAAACUUGUGGCCAUCUCAUCUAUGCAUGCAGGCAGCUGAAAGGCAGUGAUCUGGACCUUUUUCGAGUCUGGUUGGGAGUCUGGGCAGGGUGGCUGGGGAGCUGGGCCCAGGUGAUGUUCCAAUUUCUGAGCCAAGGAUGUUGCUAUGGAGCAGGGCUGUUCACCUGUUUUCUUAGGCUACAGGGUGCUUUGCUGCUCCUGGCUCUGGCCCUCUUGUUGGGCUGUCUACAGUUGGGCUGGCGGUUUCUGGUGGGACUGGGUGACCGGUUAGGCUGGAGGGGUAAAGCUACUUGGCUCUUUUCUUGGUUGGAUUUCCCCACCUUGCAGCGUUGCCUGAUUCUGUUAAGAGAUAGCAGGCCAUGGCAGCAGUUGGUAAAAAUGUUUCAGUGGGGUUGGCUGGAGUUGCCUUGGGUCAAGCCAAGGACUAACAGGCAGGGGAAUGCACCUGUAGCUGGUGGUCGCUACUGCCAGCCUGAAGAGGAAGUGGCUCGACUCUUGACCAUGGCUGGGGUUCCUGAGGAUGAGCUAAACCCUUUCCAUGUGUUGGGGGUUGAAGCCACAGCAUCAGAUGUUGAACUGAAGAAGGCCUAUAGGCAGCUGGCAGUGAUGGUUCAUCCUGACAAAAAUCAUCAUCCCCGGGCUGAAGAGGCCUUCAAGGUUUUACGGGCAGCUUGGGACAUUGUCAGCAACCCUGAAAGGCAGAAGGAAUAUGAAAUGAAACGAAUGGCAGAGAAUGAGCUGAGCCGGUCAGUGAAUGAGUUUCUGUCCAAGCUGCAGGAUGACCUCAAAGAAGCAAUGAAUACUAUGAUGUGCAGCCGAUGCCAGGGAAAGCAUAGGAGGUUUGAAAUGGACCGGGAACCUAAGAGUGCCAGAUACUGUGCUGAGUGUAAUAAACUGCAUCCUGCUGAGGAAGGAGACUUUUGGGCAGAGUCAAGCAUGUUGGGCCUCAAGAUCACCUAUUUUGCACUGAUGGAUGGAAAGGUGUAUGAUAUCACAGAAUGGGCUGGAUGCCAGCGUGUGGGAAUCUCCCCAGAUACCCACAGAGUCCCCUAUCACAUCUCAUUUGGUUCUCGGAUUCCAGGCACCAGUGGGCGGCAGAGAACAACCCCAGAUGCCCCUCCUGCUGACUUUCAGGAUUUCUUGAGCCGGAUCUUUCAAGUACCCCCAGGCCAGAUGCCCAAUGGGAACUUCUUUGCAGCUCCUCAGCCUGGCCCUGGGGCCACUGCAGCCUCUAAGCCCAACAGCACAGUACCCAAGGGAGAAGCCAAACCGAAGCUGCGGAAGAAAGUGAGGAGGCCCUUCCAAUGUUGACACCCCUUCUCUUCUUUCCUCAGAUCAAUGUCAGGGAGUCAAAAGGGCUGUGUAUAGCACAGGAUGGAGUUUUGAUUGUUUAUUUUUAAAUAUUUAAAAAAGGGAAAAUUUUAAGCUCAAAUUGUUCACUCAGUACUUGUAGGAAGCCCCGGAACCACUUUCCCUCUUCCACCAGCACCUAGGAACUGAAUCUUGUCUUCUGACAAUACCAAAGAAAUAG